AUGGGAAAUCUAAGUGAAGUAUUGCACAAGAUGAGACCUUAUUUUCUGAUGGUGUGCUUGCAAUUUGGAUCGGCAGGCUUGUACAUAAUCAGCAUGGUAACUCUCAACCAUGGCAUGAAUCGCUAUGUGCUCAUUGUGUAUCGCAACGCCAUCGCUGCUCUUGUUCUUGCUCCUUUUGCUCUGCUUCUUGAAAGGAAAACAAGGCCAAAGAUGACAUUCCCAGUCUUCCUACAAAUAAUGGCACUGGGAUGUUUAGAGCCAAUCCUGGACCAAGGGUUCACUUAUUUGGGGAUGCAAUACACAUCGGCAUCAUUUGCAUCUGCUAUCAUGAAUGCUGUUCCUUCAGUCACCUUUGUAAUUGCUUUGAUUCUUCGGUUAGAGCGCAUAAGGAUCAAGGAGAUACGCAGCCAAGCAAAGGUAAUAGGAACCCUGGUUACUUUCGGAGGAGCUUUGCUUAUGACACUCUACAAGGGUCCUCUCAUUCAUCUAAUAUGGUCAAGCAAAGCAACCCACCAUGAAAAUUCUGCUCACUCUUCCGAUAAACAUUGGCUCGCUGGCACGCUGUUGAUACUUGUAGGCUGUGUCUCCUGGUCUGCUUUCUACAUUCUGCAGUCCAUAACGAUAAAGAAGUACCCCGCGGAGCUAUUUCUGUCGUCGUUUAUAUGCUUGGCGGGCACCCUUCAGAGCUUGGCCAUAGCACUGGUGGUUGCUCACCACCCUGGUGCAUGGGCUGUUGGCUGGGACACUAGGCUUCUGGCUCCUGUCUACACUGGGAUUAUUAGCUCUGGAAUCACAGACUACGUGCAAGGACUUGUGAUGAAAACGAGAGGUCCAGUAUUUCUAACAGCAUUCAACCCUCUUUGCAUGAUCAUUGUUGCGGCUCUUGGCUCUAUUAUUUUAGCUGAGAAGCUUUAUCUCGGCAGUAUCAUUGGAGGGACGAUAAUCGCAAUAGGCCUAUACUCAGUUGUGUGGGGAAAAAACAAGGAAUAUUCAAUCCAAGAGUCAGCAUCAUUCACCCGGAAGGAACUCCCAAUAACGGCCAUUGAUGGGACAAAAUUGGUCAUCUCCGGCAAUGAGAGCAAGCCAAGUACCAGGCCAGAAUUGUCUAGUAGUUAG